ACAAUAGGGCGGAGUCAGCGGUAGACUGUUCUACCAAGACCCACCUCCAUAACGUCAAACAGCGCAUAAGGUGCCCACUCCUUUUUAUCGAUGUCAUCUUAAUCCCACGUGACCCGACAAAUGUAUUGAUGAGUCGUCGUGUGACACACUCAGCCUCCGUCGAAACGUCACAAUUGUUUCCGCCUUCGCGUACAACUAUUACAUUCAUAUCAGCAUAAGCACGGCCCCCUCACACCCUCUACGAGCCGCCGCACUUAGAUGCACUGUAGGUUGUGAAUGAACCUGUUUGGCCGUCCGACAACAAGUUAUUGCAACCGGCGUAACGCUCUCCUCUCAACGGUGGGGCGUCAAUUAUUGCCCUGACCCGAUGUGCUGCUUGUGUCACUGUCACUCUUAUAAGAGGAGGGUGAGCCCAGUGAAGCACAGUGAUGAAAGCCCACUGUGCUUAGACUCUUCUUCAGAACGUGUUGUAGGCAAACCUCAGGGCUCUACAUCCAAGCUGUAGUCCCUAACCCUAGACACAUAUACAUCCACUGGCGACUGGUCAACAGUUCUACACUAUGUGCUAUUUACUUGAUCUUGCGGUAAUACUAAGCAUGGCGAUUAUUGUCGCUUCGGACGGACCUUCAACUGUGUCAGUGAGUGAAGAAGGCGUUGAACCAAACAACACAACUCCCACGCCGGCUUUAAAUAGCACAAAAUACGUUCACAAGGGCGUCGGGGGUAUAGACAAUAUUCUGUGCGAAUAUUACAGCCCCUGGUCCAGAUGGUCAACAUGCAACAGAAAAUGUGAACAAACCCGGGUGCGACGAUGCCGACGGCAGCAACAGUGCGGUAAGACGUGGUUGAAGGAGAAGAGAAUAUGUAAACGACGUCGCGGAGGCUGUUCCGUGUUGUCUUAUCAAGUCUAUGGUUUUCGACGUCGGAAUCGCUACAUUGAACAACUCCUCUACGAUCUGCUCUACGACUCUUGGACCGAGUGGGGCGCAUGCUCACGCACGUGCAAGCAAAGGCGCACGCGCAAAUGUUCCGUCCACAGCGUGUGCAGUAAGAGUUAUAUCCAAGAAGAAAGACGUUGCAGCGCAGCGGGCAGCCGUUGUGAAAGACGUUACUUUAUUAAGUCUACAGUAGCUGACGCCGCCAGUGAUAAUACAACAACAGCUGCGCCUGUUUCAAAACCUAAAUCUAAAGUGUCUCGACCUUCAUUGAAGAAAAAGAAGAAAAAGAGGUACCCGGCCCCAAGUCUGAAGGAAAUACAAAAGACAUGCGGCAUCCGCCCGUCCAAUUUGACCCGUGGCUACAGAGUGGUGGGAGGGAGAGAAGCACACAGACUCAGCUGGCCUUGGCAAGUUGCCAUCAUGACAAGAUACGAAGAACCGUAUUGUGGCGGAACCCUCAUAGCGCCAUCUUGGGUCCUGACAGCCGCGCACUGUAUCCGGAAGAAAGGCAGAAAGCGAAGAGUCCUUGUGCGUAUGGGUGAACACGACUUCCAAUUAUACGAAGGAACAGAAGUGACGCAGAAACCGAACAAAGACUUCCCCCAUCCAAAAUUUGACUACUCAACAAUAUCAAACGACAUUGGCCUCAUAAAACUGAAAAAGCCAGUACACAGGAUAGCUGGACUGGGUUUUGCUUGUCUUCCCGAGAAAGACGAAGUGAUUCCUCCCAAAACCCUUUGUUAUACUGUGGGAUGGGGAAAAAGGAGAAAUACCCAUCUGUUUGGGGCAAUUGCUUUACAGGAGGCUAAAGUGCCUGUAGUGGACGCCAACAGGUGCCAAAGCGUCUUUGACUAUGAGAUCACAGACACACAGGUUUGCGCAGGGUAUUCACGCGGCGGCGUGGACUCGUGCGCAGGGGAUAGUGGUGGACCUCUCUUGUGCGCACACGAGGUCAACAAUACCUCCCGCUGGUUUGUGUAUGGGAUUACUAGCUAUGGCGAGGGGUGCGGACGCAAAGGGAAAUUUGGUAUUUAUACAAAAGUUCCUAGUUUUGUGGACUGGAUUGAACGAGUCGUUAACUCACAUUAAACGUUGAUAAUUCGUAUGGAUUAAUCUUUACCAUGAAACAGACGGGGUCUCAAGGCCCUUGGUUGCAGAUGUAUGCUCAGGGUUGACGAUGAGUGACGUUCUAUGAAUGACAGAGACAUCGGAUAUGUGAGUGAGAUGGCGACAUGGCUUCUAUAUCGAAGCUGAAAAAUACUCGCCCGCGUACAGCGCCCUAAUCAUGACAUCAUAACGUGGUCAAUAGGCCAGAACCGGAUGCGUCUCUGGAUGACUGUUCACGAAAAUGUGAAAAAGGCCUCGAUAUCAUUUCCAUAAACGACGAUGUUUCCAACGUGACGUCAAAUAUUUGAUAACGUUAGACCCUCCAUGCCAUUAGCCCUGUGUAUAGUCAGGACCAUUAACGACGAUGUUUCCAACGUGACGUCAAAUAUAUGAUUACGUUAGACCAUCCAUGCCAUUGGCGCUGUGUAUAGUCAGGAUCUCGGCCAUAACACGGGCAGUCAAUUCUGAAAGUUCAUUUCUGCGACGUCACGCCAACAUGGCGAUCAAGCGACUUUGGCGUGGAUUCCUAAUUUAACAGAAUACCAUUGAAUUCUCUGACAUUUUUACAUUUCAUUUUUUUUUACGAUUACAAAUUAACGUUUGGUUGAAGUUGUGUUAUUUAUUUCUCAUAUAACAUCCAUCAGUUAUCCACUAUUAUGUCAUAUUAUUUGUAUACAAUUUUCCCUAAACAUACUGAACGUCCCAUAGUUGUACAUGGUUAUUUGAGAGACUCAAAUAUACGAGGGAAAUGCUCUUAAUGUUAUGUCUAGCUUAAAAUCAAGAUAACAUUGAUUUUUGUCUGCAUUUAAUUCUACGGGUUUUCUUCAAUUGAAUGAGAGAGAUCGUGUCUAUUCGCUAAAUCAUUGUGUUUAAUGAUCAGUUUACUCUAAUUUUAAAUAUCAUACUUAUUACACCGAGAGGGUCCUCUGAUCGUGGUUGCGAAUUCAAGAUUUGCUUUGAUUAUUAUACAUUGUAUUUCAUCAUUAUUUCCGCGCACCUGAGUUGAUCAAAAGUCUAAACGUCUCAAUGAAAUACUAGCCUAUUCAUUCACACAUUUGUUGUACCAAUUUCUCUUCACAAUUUCCCAGCUAAUUGGAGAAAGUCUUUGUGCGACCAAUGCCUAAGGUUUAAAUUCGCAACUGUGCGAUUAAAGACGAUAUGUAAAGUUUAAUUUAUGUUCAUAUUUUGUGUUUAAACGUAAAUCAUACCAUGUUUAUCAUGUGUUUUAUGUGAUAUUUAUGGCCCUUGGCAUUUACUCUGUGUAUGAUUUGGCAGAGACUUAAGGCGGGUCCAGUGCUUAAAAUGAAAUAAAUGAUACCAAUCUA